GGCCUUGGUUGUCAAGGUGCCGCCGCUCUGCUCGUAGGCCGGGGGGGUUGGGCCGCGGUUUAAUGUCAGUCUGCCACAUACUCCUUGACAUAAUGUUCUAGGGGAUCAUUCUCCACGUCCCGGGCCCGACUGCAAGAUGGCGCUCCGUUACUCGGCUCUCUUGAGCGUUGUACUGGCGCUCGGGCUCCAGAGACCGGUCGCUGGAAGGACUCUGAGAUUCGUCAAUCUGAUUUUUCGUCAUGGUGACCGAUCUCCAUCGCAAACGUAUCCGACAGAUCCAUAUACUGAGAAGGACUGGCCGCAAGGCUUUGCUCAGCUUACCCAGGUUGGAAUGAGGCAACAAUACGCACUGGGCCAGUAUCUACGACAUCGCUACAAUGACUUCCUCAACUCCAUUUAUGAUCGGAAUGAGAUUUAUGUUCAAAGCACAGAUAUUGACCGGACUCUGAUGAGUGCUGAAGUGAAUCUUGCUGGCCUGUACCCUCCACAAGGACGACAGAUCUUCCAUUCCGACUUAAAAUGGCAACCAAUUCCUGUGCAUACUAUGCCUGUGGAAAAUGAGAAGUUUCUUAAGUUCCCGCGAAAAAACUGUCCCCGCUAUCAACAGCUGCAGGAGGAGACGAUGAAGAGCAGAGCAGUUCAAGAAAAAAUCCAUGAAAAUAAGGAUUUUCUGGAUAUGGUGUCUAAUAAGACCAAGAUGAAGGUGACGAUAGAAAAUGAAUGGAGAGUUUAUGACACCCUAUUUUGUGAGAAAACUCACAAUUUAACCUUGCCUUCCUGGGCAACACAAGAAGUGAUCGCUCGUCUGGGAGAACUGAAUGACUUUGGCAUGGAAAUCCUUUUCCGACUCCACAAAACGGCAGAUAAAUCUCGGCUGCAAGGGGGUUUGCUCCUCAAACAAAUCCUGCAAAAUAUUAAUCAAGCAAUAAACGAGUCUGCUCCAGCGCCACGUCGUAAAUUAAUCAUGUACUCAUCGCAUGAUGUAACGCUCAUCGCUUUGCAGAUGGCACUGAAUGUGUACAACCAUAUCAUUCCCCCGUACGCUACCUGUUAUAUGUUGGAGCUGUUUCAAGAAGAUGACAGGUCCUUCACUAUAGAUAUGUACCUCAAGAACCAGUCUGAUUCACAGUCCGAGCCACAUCUUCUGAUUCUUCCAAACUGUACCAAGCAUUGUCCCUUGCAAGACUUCAUUCGACUAACCAAACAUCUGAUCACUGACAACUGGGAGGUGGAAUGCCAGAUCGUUGACGAGUCCGCGCAUGCAGGGAUGAUUCUGGGUGUUAUGCUGGGCGUGUGCUUUGCCACGUUGAUCUUGUUUGGGAUUAUCCUGUACUGGUGCUGGAACUACAAGCCGCAACGGCAUCGAGUGCCGACUAGCAGCGAUGAACUGGCCUGACUGUCAGUGGCCUUACUCGAACCAGCCGACCAGGAAGAGGAUUGACUGGAUUGCCAUUCGAGCCAUCCUAUGCUGUGGGAUGCUGGAGGAACCUGGAGAUGUGAGAUGGCAGACUAAUUGCUGCAGGAUUUGCUUAUUCACUGCUGUGUGUGAGGAAGGUCUUUUGAAUCAGCCGGCCCACCAUAUUUAUAAUCCAGAUGCCUUGCAAAUGCACCAUCCUCCUCCUCCCCGCAGCCCUCGAUUCCACUGUCUAUUCCAUCAGAGUCUUGCUAUUAAAUUGCUCCUCCAAUUCACUGCCUGCAGCCCCACCACUCAUCUUUGUCUCGACUUGCAGUCCACAGCAUGGAACCCCACGCUCCCUUUUCUCCUGACUAAGAUCUCUUGCACAUUCCAUCCUCAACUUCUCUGGAGUAACUUUUUGGGUGCCCCCUUUCAGAGGGUUGUUCUAUGUUUUGCUCCCACCUUGCUUAAGUCUCAUUGCAGUGGCUGGGCAUGUUUUAAAUGUGAACAGUGUGAUCUAAUUGCAGCAUAGCUGCAGAAUCAACCAGAGGGACUGCCCCUUCCAGCCUCUUGUGCACAACUAGACAUGACUCUUCCAUUGUGAGUCAGCUAAAUGGGACCAAAUGCUUCUCGCUGUUUUUUUACAAAGUAAGUUUUAUAAAAAUGGUGAUUUUGGUUUGAGUUAAGGAUGAAGAAGAUACUGUGGAAAGCAGAUGGCUCCAAUUAAACAACUAACACUUCAACAGCAAAACCUUGUGCUUUGCUGCUUUACCUGUGGUUUAUUUUCCACAAUUGGUUUUGCUCAACUUUGAGAACCUGACUGCUGACCAGUGAAUAAUUACUGACUCGGCCCAACGUUCAUUCACCUUUUCCAUGACUCUAACUGCAAGAAAAAGCCUGGUCUGUUCGCCCAUCAGUCUGGCCGUGCCCAAUCUAACAUCACUCACUCGUGGUUCAAUAUUGUGGACUGCGUGAUUUUAAACACAAUAUUGCUACAGAUAUACAGUUUGGUUUGUAACCACUUCUUCAGAUGUUUAUGUGCCAGUUUUGAUCGAGGCUGCAGAAAUGCAACACUAAUGUGCAGAUCAAAAUGCAGAAUCUUGGUUCCUGUUCGUGCCAUCGCAGCUAAUGUUGGACCAAAUGAAUGCAACCUCCACCACCUCUCACCAUGGCAGAAGCUUUAAAGGUACUAUUGAACCAGUGGAAUUGAUCUACCCUCGAGCAUGGCGUGUCUUGAUGGCACUGCGUGCUGUCUGGUUGACACCUGAAAGUGAAUGAUCAAGAGGUGUGUAGUGUGUGUCUAGCGAACCGUCCACAUGUAAAGUGUUUGUGCUGUACAACACAAUGUCUGAACUGAUAUAUUCAAGGGACAGGAAUCUUUUGAUGUUCUGGGUUCCACUGUUUCCUUGUGUCUGUGUGCCAAACAGAUCUUUAACUAUUUCAAAUCCAAAGAAAGCUUAUGGUAGACACAAGAUGCUGGAGUAACUCAUCUCUGGAGAGAAGGAAUGGGCGAUUUUAUUGGGUCGAGGCCCAUCUUCAGAAAGCUUAAGCAUUAUGUACAGACCACAAUUUGUGUCGUUGACUUGAUGCAGAAUGUAGAUACAGGUUGAAAUUGCAUUGUAGUUUGAAGCCAAGCUCAUGGCUGUGUUACACAUGGUGUUACACGCGGCUUAUCCAGGGAUUAUAACGAUUAAUCUGAUAACAUAACACUUAAGGGCCUGUCCCAUUUUCACGACCUAAUUCACGACCUCAUACUCGCAGCAUGAUCGUAGGUAGGCCGUAGUUAGGUUGUGAUGCUAGUCGUAGGUACUCAUAGGCAUCAAGUAGGUCGGGCCGUUUUUUCAACAUGAUGAAAAAUGUCCACGAGUAAAAAAGGUUGCGAAUUAUGUCAUGAAAGUGGGAAGGCCCUUAAAGGGAUUCUCACAGGAUCGCUGGAGAGAAAUGGCUUUCUCUACUGGGGAAUGCACAAUGUUAAAAUUUGGCCAAACCAAAAUGCUACUGACCUAUAAAGUGCCAACCCUAUAGAUCGGGCAGUAUCUUUCGAGAGAAAUACAAAGCUUGUCAGCCGCAAGUGUUAACUCUUGUUUCUUUCCCCACAGACUAUUUCUAAUAUUGACUGAUGUCCUUAAAAAUUAAUGGAGUCAAAUCAGGAAGUGUUUUUUCUCAUGGAUGACUAGAAAUCCAUAACUGAUGAAAUUGUGACUAAGGUUUAUACAUUUUUGUUGGAUGAUGGUGUUGACAGAUGUGAAGAGGGCAAAAUGUCAAGACGCAUGUUAGCCUAGAGUGCCUCUAAUACAAGUUUUAACAUAUCAAUCAUUGCUCUAAUUAUAUUUUUAUCCUAAUCUCUAACUUGUUUUAACUGAUCACAUUUUAUGAAUUUAGUGACCUCGAAAUCCGUGCCCAAGUUUUCUGUCAACUCCAUGACUUAGCCUCUCCAAUAAAGCCUCUUGAAAUGCACAUCGCUGGAACAGCCCGCAGCCAGGCCUCAAAUAAAUUCCGCUUUUCAAGCACCCCAGCCCCACAUCCCAUCCUCCUGACAACUGAUCAUGACAUCCUUCAUUGCUGAGCUUCAAAGCGAUCGGCUGUCAUGGUUACUCUUCCCAGCCCUGCACCACUUUAUCUGGUUCGUAUGAUGAGGAGGAAGCCCCUCAACACCACUCCACUGUUCUUCUAAGAUGCUGGCAGGUCUAAUUGUAACGUCAACGCAUCUCUCCCUGCCUGGCAAUCUUCUACCGCCCCCGGGUUAUCAGAAUACUUUGCCUGCCUGGUGUGGGUGAUCACUUAUUUUAAUCGGUCACUACCUCAUCCUAGUUUCUCCCACAUGACUCUUCAUGUCCAUCGUGAAGGAUUUUGUAAUCCUCCCCCUUCUGGGGAUACAAACCUAGACUCUCCAACCUUUCCUCAAGAUGGCCCAGCCAUUCCAGGCAUCAGUCUGUGAAUCCUCCUGUCUAAGGAGACCGAGACAGUUCUCCAGAUGUAGUCUUGCCAAUGCUCGAUAUAACUGAAGCAUAUCCUCCCGAGUCUUGCAUUAAGUUCCACUGGCAAUGAACGAUACCAUUCAGUUAAUUUAGUCAGUUACCAAGCCAGUAUCCUGGCUUCUGCAAAUCACACAUCAGGAUAUCCAGAAACCUCUGCAAUCUCUUGCCAUUUAGAUUUUCUUUAUUUUUCCCAAAGUGGUCAUUUUAGCAGCAUUUUCCACAUACCAUACCAUUGAUUUAGCAUCAUGGCAGGAUGUAGUUGAUAAUAAAAUGGCCGUGAAAUAAAAAGGGACCAUGAAGAGCAUUCGUAGGCUGGCACACCACUCGUCUCCCCCUCCGCUCACUCCAUUGUCUACAGUUAAACUGGGAAGAUCAAAGUCAACAUGAUGAGAGAUAUAGAUAGGGUUGCUGAGGAACCCUCAAUAAGUCUUGUUCCUUUAAUCUUGAUGCAACAUACUACCCCAACAAGCUCUUUGACACCUUGCCCUGAAGUUGCUCUUCUACUAGUGAUCCAUUUGCUCUAUUCCUCGUCUCUGCCGACUUUCACAUUUAGAAUGACAUUGUAUUUAAGGCAUAGUUUCAGAUUUCCAAUGAAUCAAUUGACUUUGCAUUGGUCAGACUUGAAAGAGCUCCUAAUAGUAAUUUGCCGAGAUUUUGUACUUGCUGAUGGUUAGUUUUGGCUAAUAGAAUAGAGGCCAUUCAGCCCGUUUGUGUCUGUAGCCUCAGAAGAAAACCAACCCAGUCUAACCCAUCUCUGGCACUUGGUCUGUAACCCUGAGGUCACAGCUCUUCAAGUCAUGCCUGUGUAUGUCAAAUGUUUCAGACAAUCAGUUACGAUUCCUACAACCCUCUGGGUGAGAACAUUUUUCCACGUCUCCUCUCUAAUCCUUUUACCACUUUAGAUAUGUCACUUGUUUUUUGAGCCGAGCACUGAGCCUUGAGGAAGAGCCAGAUAUUGUGUAGACAAUGAUGGACAGCUUUGAUGGUUCACGACGCCUUUACUUAAACUGAUGCUAGUCGCCAAUGUCCUAUUGGAUGUAUUACUAAUAUCUCUUACUUGUUACUUUUGUAUUAAGCGCACUCUGAGAAAUAAAUUUUGUAAUCCAA